AUGUCUCGUCGCACUACUGUUCCCGAACAGCCGAGCCGGCCCAUCUCUGUAGGAACCUGUAUUAUCUACGGUUGCGGUGCAGGGCUGCUCGGGGUCGCAACCAUGACUGUUGCUGAGAAAAUUGAACAAUUCUUUACCGGAAGACCCAGCUCCUACGUGCCAGGCCAUACAUUGGAGCGAUUACUUUCGUUGCCCGAAAAACCAGAUAAGGAGAGAUUCGGACUGAACAUGGCAAUGCAUUACGGGCAAGGGGCAGCUGCUGGAAUAAUAAGAGCCUUCAUGAGCGUGAAUGGCUUUCGCCGGCCAUUCUCGGAUUUUAUGUUUAUAUCAGUGCGUCUCCUGAUUGACCAGACGCUUGAGAACUGGACAGGGGUGGGCGCAGCGCCUUGGACUUGGCCGGUCAAUGAGCAGAUCAUUGAUCUUUUCAAUAAGGCAGUUUAUGCCUUUGCGACAGGAUAUCUGACAGAUAGGUGGCUCCAGUAG